AGGAGAUGAAUGUUAACAAAGCUAGAGGUAUAGAUGAUGAGUUCACCCCUCCUCCACAAUGGAUUUUAUGGUGGGCAUCGUGCAGCUAUUCUCGAACUGUGCAUGAGCUGAUUAUAGGUUUUGGGAUCUGCGAACUCUCUCUCAUCUGUCGAUGGUCAGAUGAUCCUAGUUUGAUCUGGUGCAUUAGCAAGGUAUUAGGGCGAAUCAGCCAUGCAAUUGGAUAUUUUAUUCUCCUCUCGAUGCUCUUUGAGUCAAGUGAUAGUCCAACAGAACGCUAUAUAGGCAUAUUAUACUUUAUAUUUUUUCUGUUACUUAUACUUCUAUAUGUUUUUACGAUUUGUUUACCGAAAAUAACGGACUACGACCCCACCACAUGUCUGGAUACUGAACUUCUACUUGAUGAUAGUCAUGCCGAAACUCAUAUCAGUUGGUGGGAAUCAAGAAAGCUUGGUAGAAUCAUGUAUGAGUUAAUCUUGGGAGCCAAUCUUAUAAUGAUUGCACAUUACCAUAUUCCAGUGAAGAUAUAUGGGGUAUCCAUCAUGGCAUUUUUAUGUUUUUUUCCAGCUGAAUUUUCCCCCUCUGUCAAUUCACAAGCAUUAGGAAGAAGCAUCGCCCAAAUGAUUGGAGUUUUAACAGUCUCCUACUUCAUCUAUUACCUAAUUUCUCCUGUCUUUGCUCUUGGUUUGGCUACAAUAUCUGUUCUUUGGUAUACAGUGAUUGCAGUUAUUAGUUAUCACAAAUUGAAAUUUUACUACCAAUUCAAGAUUUUGAGACAAGAGUAA